ACCCGUCAUCAGCCCGCUAUCCGGGGGAGGGGUACCAGGCAGGCGGGCGAGCGAGCUCGCGCGAUUACGUCACGCGCUCUAUUCGCACGACUAAGCACUUGCGCGGCUUGUGCGCUCGCAGGGAAGAAAUGUCAGAGGCUGCGACGAACGUUCGAAACGCUGGGGUGACGUCAUGCCAAGAAGGUUUCGCGCCCUCUUAGCGAAAGGGGAAUGCAAACGCCAACGGAGAGGAUGAAGGAGAGAGAAAGAUUGCGAUUAAUAAGUUCGCGCACCGGAGUCCGUUAUCGUCAUAACGCGCGCGCGCGCCCACGCCUCGACACUGCGCAUAGAAAUAAAAAGGCGCCGGAGGUCAACGCUUCCGCACAUCUGGGGUUCACACGAUCGCUAGCGGUCCAGGACCUUUUUGCGUGGGGACGUCUUUCUCGGCAGUUGGGGGUGCGAGGUGAGGGACCGCACUCGCUCGGUGACGUCCGCCUCCCAAGCUGAAAUUCCACAUUGAACGCGUCCACGCGUGCCUUCGGAGCUGUUGCGGAUUUGCGGAUCGCCGACGCGCGAGGAGACCUUCGCCGAACACACGGGCGAGAACGGCCGGCGACGACACUGUUCAUGGCAGCCGAGUCUGACUUGUCGGACGACAGUCCCGUGGCAGCGCUGGACAUGUCCCUGGCGGCGUCGCGACCCUCGCCGUCUCCGCCGCUGUCGCAGAGCCCGACGCCCUCGUCGUCCCUGCUGCUGGCGUCCAGCGCGGCGGCCGCCAUGAGCGUGGCCAGCCUGACCGGCGCGCACCCCAAGAAGUCCCCGCAGCCCAUCCCGGCCGAGUGCAAGGACGAGGCGUACUGGGAGCGCCGCAAGCGCAACAACGAGUCGGCCAAGCGCUCGCGCGAGCUGCGCCGCAUCAAGGAGCAGCAGACGGCGCUGCGGGUGCUCUAUCUGGAGCAGGAGAACCUGCAGCUGCGCACCGAGCUCACCAUGCUGCGCAGCGAGGUGGACAAGCUGCGGCAGCUCCUCUUCGUCGGCAAGCACCCCAGCUGACGAGGAGGACCCCUCUGGCGAGCCUGCUGACCAGCGGGCAGCAGCAGAGCCGCCCCCGGUCAACCGAUCUCUCGGGCAGCAGCAACGAUGACAAUGGCACGCGACGACGCGCUUCACGUGGACCGCCACUCAUCAUCAGCCUAGUCGACGGGAAGGGGGUCUUCCUCGCGUGUGGUGUCUCCUCCUUUUCCAAGUGCACGCGUUCUCCUGGACUGAUACCGCUGGCAACGUGCAACACCAAGCCAUCGCGGGAGGGGGGGGGGGGGGGGGGGGCGCAAGCCUUUAGACAGUGCUGAAGACAGUUUCAAAAAGCGGCGGGAGCGACUUUAGUGCCCAUUAGUCUAGCACAAUUUCCCCUCGCCCGCUCUUCAUCCUACUGUUUAAACGUCCGCGCCCCAGUAUGUUCCGCCACCGGGAACCGCAGGGCCAAAGGCAUUUGUUCCUCGGCUGCACCCCGAUACGGCAUUUUCGUUUGCUCGGAAGAGGCCCCGAUUUUACAUGUACUGUGCAUGGGGAGGGGGUAGGCUACAUUUGAUCUCGACUUGCGGUAAUAAACGACACGGCUGCAUACGUGCAACUCUCAAGAAACCCGGGUGGCAGCGGCUUAACUUGAAUUAAAUUUAUUUUCCUCGCUGCUGUCUGCUCAAGGCAACAGCAGCGGCUCAAUCAAUUCCGCUGUUGGACGAGCCAAUAUACGCUGCCAUGAUAACUUGCUCCACCUUUUUCUGGAAGCGCAUAGCGGUAGCUGCCACGCAAAAUGUAAUAUAUUUUUCAAAGUAGGAACUUAGAGUAGACGGUGCACGUGAGCCCAACCCCUCCUUCCCCCCCUCCCGUUUACCCACUUCCCCAUCGUCCCCUCAUUUUUGUUUCUCACUUUUUUAAUUUAUUUAACUUAUUCAUAAUACGAUCGAUGCAAGACAGGGCUAUAUAUAGAUGUAUAUAUAUAUAGUUUUCCCCUCCUCCAAAGGCAUCAUCCCAAGUUCAUGUAAAGAGAAGGCUUUAGCAAGGGAAGAGCAAAGCGCGUCUGCGAUACCAACUUCGGACUGUGCCCGCAUCGAACGGUUCUGCCAGACUCUACCAGUUUAGAGAUAUAGACCGUGGUGAUGACUGUGCGGACUCGUCGGUGACCGACGGACAGAUGGACUGACCUGCACGGCGCAGAGAUUACUGAGCAACGAAUCUGUGAUCCACGACCAGUCCAGCAUUGUUGUUAUUUUGCCUUUCUAUUUGUCGCAUUAAUUCUCUUGCUUUUGCAAUUGUAUAACUUAUGAUGAAAGAGUGAACAAUUGCCGGCAUUGUGAUAAGAGAGAGAGUGAAUGACUGCCCGGCUUGCAGCUCCCUUCAUGUUUCUCUACUUUUUUUUGUGUUCCAGUUUGCGUUUGUUUUUUACCGCUGACGAGACUGUUACGUUUUUUUUAUUUAGGUAAAUGAGGAUAGAGAUGUGAUGACAGAGCCGCUUUUUAUUAUACUGUUAACUUCAUGUUGCAUUUUUUGUGAAGCUGUUGAAGCUAGCACACUGGUGUGAGGCUCGUAGUAAAGCUAAGAGGAUAAAAUAUGCAGAAAGGCUUCUUCUCGGUGAGCAUUGACGAAGCGGCCUGCAUCCACGAAUGACCAAAGAGUACCGCCUAACCUUAUGGGGUUCCUCCCAUCAUGGCCUUUCAGCGAUGGCGGGUUCUCAUGAGGUUUUCGUGCACACUGUUAUGCACAUGCAAAAUGACAUGUCAGCUAGAAAAUGCGCUGGAACAGACUGUAAAUAAACGGCAAAAUGUUUUCUGUUUACAA